AUGUGGUUGAGUGAUCAGGAAUACCAGGAAGUUGCUUUGGCACUUUUCUCACAGUUGGACAAGGACUUGAAUGAAAAAAUCUCCAUCGAAGAACUGCUCCAACUGACCGAAUGUGAAGACUCGCGAGAAUCGGUGCAGGAAUUGAUCGCGAAAUACGACAACGACGGUGACGGGGAAUUGGAUAUCGAUGAAGUACAAAACUGGUUGAGUCGGUGCAUUAAACACGAAAUAAAGAAAUUGGUUCAUCGAAUGAUGAAAGCAAUGGACUUGAAUGGGGAUGGAAGACUGUCCAGAAGUGAAUUGUUGGCAGGGAAUAUUGGUUAUCUGACAGAGGAAGAUGUGAAUCGAAUUUUCCUCUUCUUCGAUUCCAAUGGUGAUGGAUAUUUGGAAAAAAAGGAACUUUGUCAAUGGGUUGAAGCAGAAUAUUUUGAAAAUCGACACACCNAAGAUGCGGUGUAUCGCGUGCUGGAAUACCUGGAUCAAGACCGGGAUGGGCUGAUUACUAGAGACGAACUGAUCGCUGUGGAUCCGGACAAUAUCACUGAAUCGGACGUGGAUAUGAUAUUCAACACGUUUGAUACCGAUGGAAAAGGAUAUAUACAGAUGGUUGACCUGCGGGUGUGGUCGGAAGAUAUACGAGUCGUGUAG